AGAAAAAAUUAUGUUGACAGCUAACCCAUCUAGCCUGAUGCUAGUUAGCUUUGCGGCUAGGUUGAGCCUUUACUCAGAGAAUUCCUCACCAACUCUUUGUUUUAUACGUCCGUUGGUGAUCUUUGACUCAUGCAGUGUCUAAAAUCAUUGUGAGAUAUGGAGGAUAGGUACAAUGAGAUCGGAUUUGUUCAGCAAAUACUCGGUUUGAAUCUAGUGCCGAGAAAAAAUGGCACAAACCGAGGCAACAAUACAUCUCUCAGCGACUUCUCAGAGAUGUGGUAUGGAGUGUUUCUGUGGGCAGCUGUCUCCUCUCUGGUCUUCCACUUACCUGCUGCUUUGCUGUCACUCGCCACACUGCAUCAGCACAAGAUGGCCCGAUUUAUGCCCAUUGGCAUCGUUCUCAUGGGCAUCAUGGGACCAGUUUGUGGGGGAGUUCUCACUAGUGCAGCCAUAGCAGGUGUGUACAAGGCAGCAGGAAAGACGAUGAUCUCUUUAGAGGCUCUUGUUUUUGGUGUUGGACAGUCAUUUUUCGUCCUCAUCAUCUCCUUCCUCAGGAUACUUGCCACCCUUUAGCAAUCCCUCAGCCUAUCACAGUACACCUGAUGUUGCAAGGUCAUCCUCCCAACAGGACUAGAUUUUUACAUGUAACAAAACCAGAUCUCUUGUGAAUCCUGCAACACAUGUGAACAAUGUCAUUUUUUUAUGCAUUAGGGCAGAGCAGUGUGUAAACUGAAGGUGUGUGUUAUAAAGACCAAUGGAUUCUGAGCUGAACUAUUGACCCCAUCUAUGUGUCCCCAUUUCCAAAGUUAAGCAAAUAUCCUAAUUUCAUAAGGUUGUUGUAUUCAUGCAUCGUGUGAAGGUAACAGGAUGCCAGUAACCUCUCUCAGGUGUGUCUGUCUGUCUGUCUGUCUGUCUGUCUGUCUGUCUGUUUCUGUGUGGCUCUGAGUCCUCGCAGUGACUGCAGACUGACAGUAUGCUGCUGUAUAAAAGAGGAAUGUGAUGAUUAUAUGCAAGAGUAUUGUUUUCUCUCUCGAGGCCUUACUUUAUAUCUUUAUAUGUGUAUAUGUAUAUAUAUAUAUAUAUGUGUAUAUAUAUAUAUAUAUAUAUAUAUAUAUAUAUAUAUAUAUAUAUAUAUAUAUCCCUAAGCUAAUUUAUUUGGUGGUAGAGGCAGUACAGGGAUUUACAGACUUGAUUGCAGCCCUAAAAAUGUAGCCUAGAAAGUGUAUUUACGGUGUUUCUGCUUUUCUUCUUGGUUUGUUUGUUUAGGUUAAAACUAGGGGACAAAAGGAUGGUGAGAUCUCUAACAAACUGAAAAAUGAGACAAGCUUUUAAUCUUUUCUCUCUAUGAAUGUUUUACAGUUUUGUCAUUUUGUGACAAUGAACUGAUUUGUAUAUGUUAUUUCCAGGUCUUUUUUUUGCAGAUUUUUUAAGCUUCUUAAUGAGCGAAUAUGAAUUACUAAUUUAUUUUUCUGCAAUUAAUGUGUAUUUUAUGGUUCAGUGGAAGUGUAUUAUCUUACAAUUUGUAUGAAAUCAAUAAAUUUACACACUCUU